AUGGCAAUGGAAUUGCAAGAAGCUUUCAUUGUAGCAGCAAGUUGCAUAGGUUUCAUCUCUGUAUGUAAAGCUUUCAUCAACGUAGUGAGAUGGGUAUGGGUCAUGUUCCUGAGACCCCCAAAGAAUCUCAAGGAUUAUGGCUCUUGGGGUAUUGUCACCGGCUCUGCUCAGGGAAUUGGCAAAGUGCUUGCUAUUGAGUUGGCUUCCAAGGGUCUCAACCUUGUCCUGCUCGAUAAAAACCGUUCUGCGCUCGAAGCUACCUGCAAUGAAAUACUUGAGCAAUUUGGUGGAAAAGUUGAGAUUAAGAGCAUGAUCAUCGACUUGGCCAAAUUGAGUGGGGAGGAAAUUGCUAAUGCCAUAGAGGAAGAGAUAAAGGAGCUAGAUGUUGGUGUUUUGAUCAACAAUGCUGGGAUGGCUUACCCUUAUGCAAGGUUUUUCCAUGAGGUUGAUUUGGAACUCAUGGAGAAUAUCAUAAAGCUGAACUUGGUAGCUGCUACUUGGGUGACUAAGGCAGUGCUUCCAGGAAUGCUGAAGAAGAAGAAAGGAGCCAUUCUCAAUAUUAGUUCUAUUUCUGCUUACCUCCCUUCAAAUCCUCUAUAUACACUUUACUCUACAACCAAAGCGUACAUUUCAGUGUUCUCAAGAUGCAUUAGUCUGGAAUACAAGCAGAAGGGAAUUGACAUUCAGUGUCAGACUCCACUUUGUGUGGCGACAAGGAUGACAAAACAUUUGAACGGACCUUCCUGGUUGAUGGCAUCACCGGAGAAAUUUUGCAAAGCAAGCGUUCGAUGGAUUGGUUAUGAACCUAUGUGUAAUCCCUACUGGUGGCACUCUGUGCAGUGGUUCAUAUUUCGCGUGGCCACGCCAGAUGUGCUGUUGAAUGCCAUCAGUUACUGGAUCUGCAUUCGGAUCAGUAAGAAAGGCCAAAUGAAGGAGGCACAGAUCAAGAAGAUGCAUCAACAGGAAAGUUCACUGUGA